AUGAGAGCUUUUGGAGGCGGCGAGGUGGCGAUGAGGCCGCCGGUGUUGCACCUGAUCGUGGGGUUGGUGCUCUACUUGGUCGCCGGGGCGAUGACCGUGCCGGCGCUCGUCGACAAGGUCACCGCUGUGCUCUGCACCGCCGACGACAGCAGAUCAUGCCCGGAGGCCAUCUACCUCACCGGCUUGGAGUCCUCGGUAGCAGGGAUUUUCAGAAUUAUAGGAUUUCCUUUCAUAGGCCAGCUAGCCGAUGAAUAUGGUCGGAAGCCUCUCUCCUCCUCCUCACUGCCUUCACCACCAUAA